AUGGACCAAACAGUGCAAACAGGGCGGGCUCAUGUUUCGGCCUUCGCCAUUGCCCAGAACAAACCAUCUUUCGAAAUGUCCGACCAAGACAAAUUGCCCGUCGACCAGGACGAGGAAUACAAGUCGAGCGAAGAUGAGGACUUCAACCCAGAUGCGGUAGACGCACCGCCAGACGAGGACUUGUCCUCGGACGAAGACGAAGCGCCGCAACCAAAGAAAGUCUCCACGAAGCGAAAGAAGACCCAAGCCGAUGCCGAAGAGCUGGACUCUGGUGAUGAAGCCACAAUCACAGAGUUAAGGAAGGCCAAGAAAUCAAAAGCAGACGAUGACGAGGACAGCGGAGGUGAAGGAGGCCUGAUCAAGACGCGAGCUCAGAGGAGAGCAGAGUACGUCAAACUGUCGCGACCCUACAACAUCAAUUCUAAUGCUUUGCGCAGAAAACAGGAGCGUCAAGAAUACCGGAAAGCCAACAUUGACAAUGUUACCGUCGACGUCGAUGCCCUGUGGGCCUCGAUGCUUGCCAGACCCAUGCGACCGGCGCGAGACCACCUCAAGCCUGUGCAAGAAGCGAACACCAAAGACACCGUAGCCGAACAAGCCCAUAGCAAAGACACACAAGCAGACGAGGAUGAUAAUGGCAUGAUCACCAUCAGGCGAUCCUACGACUUUGCGGGCCAGAAGGUGACAGAAGAGAAGCGCGUACACAAGGACUCGGCCGAGGCAAAGCUCUUCCUCGCAAACAACGACCCAACCAAGCAGACCAAGCCUCGCUCGCCAUCACCAAAAGAUGACCAACCCACUCUCCGCCGUCCAUUACGUCGCGCCUCAAAGUUCGAGCCCAACCCGACCGGCGAGGUCAAAGGUCUACCACUAGAGCGUCAAAGACUGCGAACCCCUUCCCGAGCCGAUGUUCUCGCACAACAAAAGAGGCUAGAGGAAGAGGCCAAGAAGGGCAAGGCUGUCAAACUCAACACCGUCCAGAAGUCGGCCAUUGAUUGGGCUGCCCAUGUCGACCAAGAAGGAUUCAAGGAAGAGUUGGACGAGUACGGCCGCAGCAAGCAAGGCUACAUUGGCAAAAUGGACUUCUUGCGUGGCGUCCACGGCAAGAAAGAGGAGGAAGAACGAAAGGCUCGCAUGGCCCAGUCUUCUGCAUGA